AGUAGUUUUGCAAAACUGGUAGCAGCAUGUUCAUUGUUCAUCACACGGUUACCAAUAAAGCGUUGUCAUAACCAAAUAUACAUCCGGAUAUGUCAGAGGUACUUUUCGCGAAGAAUUAAAACCAGUUCAAUUACACCUUGAUCGUAGUUCCAGGAAGACAUUCAAAUCGCAUUGCAGAAGUAUACUCUCGAAUCCAUUUAAUCUGCAAGUCACUUACAUAAAAAAAUGUCGCAAAAAAGUGAGGCAUCGUACUGAAUGGAAACUAAUUGAAAAUUAGAAUAUAUUUUGGAUUCCUAUUCUGCAAGGAUCAAAAGAAAGCGAAACAAAAGAUUUUUGGAUCUACUUUUCGGGACAAUUAUUUGCAUUGGAUGAUUAUUGUAUCAAUUUAAGAAAGACAGGAGAGCGAACGAAGAAAACAAAAUGUCGAUGUUUACUCGGUGCAUUUCUCAUUAUUGCUCAUGUAGAUGGAGGUUAUGCUACAUGUGUUUUACAGCCCUGCUUCUGUUGCAGGCGUUAAGGAUCGAUCUAAGCAUGGCGUUUGUUUGUAUGUUAAAAACACCCAAUCGUACGACAGAUGGCGCCAACUUUACUCGAGAGAACGAACAAUGUCACCGCUUACAAAACCAUUCGUUAAACAACAAUUUUGAAGGAGAGUUCGAAUGGAGUAAUGUUUUACAAUCAAACAUGUUGUCAGGCUAUUAUUAUGGCUACAUAGCCUCAACUAUGUUCGGAGGAGUUUUCGCUGACAAAUAUGGCGGUAAGACGGUUUUAGGUGGCACUCUUCUCUCAUCAGCUAUAUUUGCCAUUCUUCAUCCGAGUCUGACUCGUAUAAGUGCUUACUUCACAGUUGCAUUAAGGAUAUUAACAGGGCUGGUAUCGGGACCGAUGUUCCCUUCAGUUCUCUCCUUGUGGGGAAGGUGGGCUCCUCCACUGGAGAGUAGUAUAUUACUCGGAGUCACGUUUUGCGGUCAGAUGUUAGGUAGUAUCUUAGGUUUGUUAAUUUCGGGUUACCUUUGUGCGUAUGGAUUUGACAACGGAUGGGGUUCGAUAUUUUAUGUAUUUGGUGGAGCAACACUGCUGUUUAGUCUUGUUUGGUUCUAUGUUGUUCACGACAACCCGGACACCCAUCCCACCAUCAGCCAAAGAGAACGUUCUUACUUAAAGCGAAAUAUAACAUCUACAAAAAAAGUCAAAAGUAUACCUUGGAAACAAAUUAUGCUUUCGUCUGCUGUCUGGGCUCUCAUCAUAGCUCACACAUGUUUAAAUUGGACUGACAUCAGCUUUCAGUUAUUGCUACCUCUCUAUAUGAAAGAAGCUCUGAAUAUCGACACCAAAUCAAACGGUUUAAUGUCGUCUGCUCCAUCUAUUGGACAAAUUAUCUGUCUACCAUUAAUUGGAAGAUUUGCAGAUUGGUUUAUUUCAAAGAAUUAUAUGUCCAAACGCUCCUUUCGUGUUUUAAUUCAGUCACUAUGUUUCAUUUGUUUAGCUUCUUUACUUAUUGCCAUAGGGUUUCUAGAAUGUUCCCAAACCACUCUAACUGGCGCUCUUUUCCUUUUGUCUGGUGCAAGCAUAUCAUUACACAUGUCUGGUUUUAACGUCAACCAUAUUGACGUGGCGCCAAGAUAUGCUGGUGUGUUAUUCGGAAUUAGCAAUACAUUCGCUUCAUUACCUGGCUUAUUUGCACCUUUAGUGGCCAGGGCAAUUGCACCAAAUGGCACACAAAGGGAAUGGCAGCAUGUAUUAUUUAUGUGUGCUGCUUUUUCUGUUUUAGGAGCCAUACUGUAUGCAAUAUUGGCAAAAGGGGAUGUCCAGGCUUGGGCAAUUUCCAAAGAAGAUUCGGCAGAAGACGGUUGUCAGGAAGAACCAAUGAACCUAGAAAAUAAAGGAUAAGGAAUGGUUGUGUCUGAACAGGAGGUCAGAGUAAAUAAAUCUCUCGCAGGAAUAUCAAAAUUAUGGUCCACAACAUUGUUUAGUCCAGCCUCCGGGUGAAUUUUAUAACAGAUUAUAAUUAUUAUUCUUUUUUAAUUCUAAAAUAUUUUCAAAAAAUAAAUAUCGCUGGCAUGCGUUCAGAGAUGGAGCCCGAAUAGAGUCACGAUUAACACCAGUUCCAAUCACUCAAGUCAAUACAUCUAAGGGAUUCUUUUGUUUCAACUAAUGAAAAGAAGUUUAUGAAUCCAUCUACUAAAAGGUGUGACCUGCCUCCACUUCCCUUUGUCUAUACAUGCUGGGACAAAAAGAAGUACUU